GAAGGCAGCUGGCGGGGCCGGGCAAGGAUCGGGCCAUGGAGGCGCUGCGGGUGGCCGCGGGACUGUUGCUGGAGCUCUACACGCUGCUUUCCUACAAGUUCGGGACGGCCACCCGGUGCCGGAACGCGGUCAGCCUGCGGGGCAAGACGGUGCUCAUCACAGGUGGAAAUAGUGGGAUCGGGAAGGCCACGGCGGUGGAUCUGGCCCGGAGAGGCGCCCGCGUCAUUCUGGCAUGCCGCAACAAAGCGAGAGGAGAAUUGGCUGUGUAUGACAUCCGACGGGAAAGUGGGAACUCGGAGGUGAUCCUGAUGAUCCUGGAUCUGGGCAGCCUGGACUCCGUGCGAGCUUUUGCGCAGACCUUCUUAGAAUCGGAGCCCCGUCUGGACAUCCUCAUCAACAACGCAGGAGAGUUCCAGGCUCGUCAAACCGCUGAUGGCUUUGACGAGUGCUUCCAGGUCAACCACUUGGCCCACUUCCUGCUGACCCACCUGCUCCUGGACCGGCUGAAGCGCUGCGCCCCGAGCCGGAUCGUAAUUCUGGCCUCAAGUUUGCAUUUCUUUGGGGAAAUUGACUUUCGGACCAUCCACAAGCCGGGAAAAGGAAUGUGGAAGGCUCUGCAUUCAUACGGCAACAGCAAACUAGCCAACAUUCUCCAUGCAAGAGAGUUGGCGAAACGGCUGGAAGGAACCAACGUCACCUGCUAUGCAGUUAACCCAGGACCUGUUAGAACCGAACUUGGUCAUUCCUUUUCAUGGUGGCUACACUGGUUCCUUUGUUUCACCAAGUUGUUCAGGCAAGAUUGCCAGGCAGGCGCCCAGACCUCCAUCUACUGCGCCACCGAGGAGGGCAUUGAGAAGCUGAGCGGGCGGUAUUUCGAGGACUGCCAGCUCUUGGAGCCCUGGUCACAGGCCUGCGAUGGCUACAUAGCCACGAAGCUCUGGGAAUUCAGUGAGAGGCUGCUGGGACUGACCACUUAAGAUAGGACGGGGCAGAGAAAGCAUUUGGGGGUAACCAAAAGCUGCCAUCCAAUUAACCUGGGGGAGUCAAAAUGCAGGGAAUCUGGAAACUUCCCUGAAGUUGUUUGACGGAGACCAAGCUUUGAAUUUCCGAGGUUUAAAAAGUGUGGUGGGUUUUCUCAGGGUGAGUUGCCCAGCGUUGAUUAUGAAGAUGGGCGGCCAUAAAAAAUGUUUUAAAUAAAUAAAGAAAUUCCAUCCA